AUGUGUGGAGGAGGCGUAAUAUCAGGGUUGAUACCCGGAAAAGCUAAUGGCCGAAAAACCACUUCUAGAGCCUCAUGGAUAAGCUUUGACAAAUUUUCAGAAUAUCAUCUUGCUAAAGCCUUGCCUAGGCUAAAUGAUGUAGCAGAUCUUCAUUGCCAGAAAAAAGAGAAAAGUGUGGCAAGAAAAGGAAAGGAGAAGGAAAGGAGGGCACAUCACAUGUGGAGAGGGCUGAGGCAACGUCCUUCUGGAAAAUGGGCUACAGAGAUCAAAGAUCCCAUCAAGGGAAUUAGGGUUUGGCUUGGAACUUACAACUCAUCCGAGGAGGCUACGAUUGUCUAUGAUCGUGAAGCUAAAAAAAUUAGAGGAAAAAAGGCCAUGCUCAACCUUUCUGAACAAGUCAUUAGCUCUGAUGACUCUAUGAACAAGGUGAAUGUUUCUCAUCAAUCUAUGUCAAGUACAAGAAAAUCUUCUAGUUAUUGCCCCCAGAAUAAGGAGGAAGAAUAUGGGUCAUUCUUUUCUCAAAUCAAGGUAUAG